AUGAUAGCCGGUCCUUCGCGCAUCGCAUCACGUGCUGGAUACGCUGCGCUUGCAGCUCGAGGCUUGGCGCGCAUGACAUCGGACCAGGCCAGGCCUCGCCCUGCCGUCGUGAUCAUUACCGGCCCAACUGCGGUGGGAAAGACGGACCUGUCGAUCCGGCUGGCCAAGGCUUUGGACGGAGAGAUCAUCAGCGCGGACUCGGUCCAGGUCUAUCGGCAGCUGGACGUGGGCUCCGACAAGAUUCCUGUGGAAGCAAGGCAGGGCGUGCCCCACCACCUCAUCGACAUCCUGGACCCCCAGCAAGACUUCUCGGCAGGCAUCUUCCAUGACCUGGCCUGGGCUGCAGUGGAUGACAUCGUGCAGGCUUGGGAGGAGGCAGCCGAGCAGGGCCAGACCCUCUCCCAGGAGCAGGCCUGGGUCCUCGGGUGCCGGCUGGUGCGGGACCUGGGGGACGCCCAAGCCGCAGAAAGGCUGGCAGAGGAGCCCAACAACACCUAUCGCCUGGCGAGGGUGGUGGAGGUCCUGCUGUCAGCGCCGGGGGCUCGCCUGUCGGACUUUGCGCAGGCGGGCCAGGAGCGGCGCAGGGCCUUCGCGUUCCACCCCUUUUUCCUGGUCCGGCCGAGGCUGGAUCUGUACCGCAGGAUCGACUCCAGGGUGGACCACAUGGUCAGCAGCGGGCUCAUCGGGGAGGCGGCCCACCUCCUCGCCUGCGGUGCUGCGCCAAACACAACCUGUGCCACGCGGGCCAUCGGGUACCGUCAGGCCCUCCUGGCACUAGAACGCCUGAGAAAGGAGGAAAUAAAAGAUGCUGAGCUGCCUGGUAUUCUGUUGAGUCUGGUGGUCGACAUCCAGUCUGCCACUCGCAAGCUGUGCCACCGCCAGAUGACCUGGUUCCGAAACCGGCCGGAAUUCCGCUGGCUGGAUGCCACUCAAGACACAGACCUGCUGCUGCGCCAAAUCUGCGAUCAUGUGCAGGGGGACCCAAGUGCUGCGACAGGGUAUGGCAGCGACCCCAAGCGCCUGUUUUUCAGCGACUCUCAACUCUGGUCGCCACAGGCGCUGCAGAUCAAGUGUAUGGGAUCUUGA